AUGGCUACAAGGCGAAUUGCACAGGAGACAUUUGAUGCCGUGCUACAAGAAAAAGCUAACAGAUACCACAUGGACCCCAGUGGGGAAGCUGUUGGUGAAGCUCUGCAAUUUAAAGCUCAAGAUCUUAUAAGGACACUGCCAAGAGUCAGAGCAGAUAUGUAUGACGACAUUCACAGCGACAGCAGAUACACUCUGGGCGGAUCUGUAGCUCACUCUCGAGAUGCUGGGAGAGAAGGCCUGAGAGGUGAUGUAUUCCCAGGACCUUCCUUCAGGUCAAACAAUCCUUCUGUCAAUGAAGACAACUAUUUUCGCAAAGACUGUGGCCGAGAUCUGGAAUUUCCCCACCCUGACUCCCGAGAACAGAUCUUUGGCCACCGGAAAUUGGGACAUUUCCGUUCUCCAGACUGGAAAUUUACACUCCGAGGCUCUUGGGAACAAGACCUUGGCCACCCAGUUUCUCAAGAAUCGUCUUGGUCGCAGGAAUAUAAUUUUGGUCCUUCUGCACUACUGGGGGACUUUGGGUCCUCCAGGCUGAUUGAAAAAGAGUGCUUGGAGAAAGAAAGUCGGGAUUUUGACGUGGACCGUCCUGGGGAGGCAGACCCUGUGCUCAGGGCCAGUGGCCAAGUCCAGGGCAGAGGCCGGGGUCUAAACAUCGUUGACCAGGAGGGUGCCCUCCUAGGAAAGGGGGAGUCUCAGGGCCUGCUUACACCUAAAGCGGGGGUUGGGAAACUUGUCACCCUGAGGAAUGUGAGCACAAAAAAAGUACCCACCAUAAAUCGUAUCACUCCCAAAGCUCAGGGCACUAAUCAAAUCCAGAAAACCACCCCAAGUUCUGACGUGAACCUAGGUGUAAACCCAGGGACAGAAGAUAUCCAAUUCCCUGCUCAGAAGAUCCCUCUGGGGCUCCAUCUAAAGGACAUUCGUCUCCCAAGAAGAAAAAUGAGUUUUGAUAUCAUAGAUAAGUCCGAUGUUUUUUCAAGAUUUGGGAUAGAAAUCAUCAAAUGGGCAGGAUUUCACACCAUAAAAGAUGAUGUUAAAUUUUCCCAGCUUUUCCAGACUCUCUUUGAACUUGAAACUGAAACCUGUGCUAAAAUGCUUGCCUCGUUUAAAUGCUCCUUAAAACCAGAGCACAGAGAUUUUUGCUUUUUUACUAUCAAAUUUUUAAAGCACUCUGCUUUGAAAACGCCCAGAGUUGAUAAUGAGUUUUUAAACAUGCUUUUAGACAAAGGUGCUGUGAAGACCAAAAAUUGCUUUUUUGAAAUCAUAAAGCCCUUUGACAAGUACAUAAUGAGGCUGCAAGACCGGCUUCUAAAGAGUGUCACGCCCCUGCUCAUGGCCUGCAAUGCCUACGAGCUGAGUGUCAAAAUGAAGACCCUUAGCAACCCCCUGGACUUGGCCAUUGCCCUAGAGACCACCAAUUCUCUCUGCCGGAAGUCUUUAGCUCUUUUGGGACAGACAUUCUCCUUAGCCUCUUCUUUCCGGCAAGAGAAAAUCUUAGAAGCUGUCGGCCUUCAAGAUAUAGCUCCCUCCCCUGCCGCAUUCCCCAACUUUGAAGACUCCACUCUGUUUGGGAGAGAGUACAUAGAUCAUCUGAAGGCCUGGCUGGUCAACAGUGGGUGUCCACUCCAGAUCAAGAAAGCUGAACCUGCGCCAACUCAAGAUGAGAAAACGGUUCCUCCUACUGAACCUGAAAUUCAGGCCAAAGCUCUGAGUGGUCUAAGUGAUGCUGUCCCCCAGCGAGCAGAUCACAAGGUGGUAGACAUCAUCAACCAGCUGGUCACACGUGUCGUUGGAGGCAGCCUAUCUCCUAAAGAGAGAGCUCUUCUCAAGGAAGACCCUGCUUACUGGUUUUUGUCUGAUGACAGUAGUCUGGAGUAUAACUAUUACAAGCUGAAACUGGCAGAAGCACAGCGGAUAAGCCAGACCCCGCCAGGAGGGGGUCAGAAGCCAAUGGCUGCAGAAUGUGCAGUCCGGGCCAUGCUGUAUGCCCGGGCAGUCCAGAGCCUCAAGAAGAGGCUCCUCCCAGGGCGACGGCGGGGGCUGCUCCGAGCUCCAGGGCUCCAGGGCUGGAAGGUGAGGAGAGCAACCACCGGAACCCAGACCCUCCUCUCCUCGGGCACCCGGCUAAAACACCACCUCCGGCAAGCUCCAGGCUCCUUGCAGGGAAAGCCGCCCCAGCCAGAUGGAAAUGAUGCUGCCAAGGACUGCCCGCCAGACUCCGCCGGGCCCUCUCCUCAGAACCUGAGCUCAGAAGCUGCAGGCCCAUCCCCCAAGCCAGCGGGAGUGGACAUAUCCGAAGCCCCUCAGAGCUCCUCUCCCUGCUUGUCUGCUGACGUUGACUUGAAGACUAUGGAGACUGCAGAGAAACUGGCCAAAUUUGUUGCUCAGGUGGGACCAGAGAUUGAACAAUUCAGCAUAGAAAACAGCGCCGACAACCCUGACCUGUGGUUUCUACAAGACCAAAAUAGCUCAGCUUUCAAAUUCUACCGAAAGAAGGUAUUUGAACUGUGCCCAUCGAUUUGUUUUACAUCACCUUCGCCGAACCUCCAUGCCAGCGAGAGCGCCCUAGAAUCCAUGGAAGGGGAAGGAGAAUUUGCUAAUGAGCCUCCUCACCAGGAGGUUGAGCUGGAGAGCCUAGAGGUGAUGCCUGAGGAGGAGGAGGAGGAGGAGGAAGAGAUGGAAGAAGAAGAGGAGGAAGAGGAAGAUGAGGAGGAGGAGGCCCUCACUCCUGGAGGGCCCUCCAGGGCUUCAGGAGAAGUAGCUACGUCUGAGGGCUCCGAGGGCAGCUCCCCGACUGAUGGCCUUCCAAGCGAGACAGCUGAAGAUGGCCCUGCUGGCACGUCUGGCCUAUCCCAGGCCUGCUUUCCCCGGAAGAGGGUCAGCAGCAAGUCAUUGAAGGUCGGCAUGAUUCCGGCUCCCAAGAGGCUGUGUCUCAUCCAAGAGCCCAAAGUUCACGAACCAGUUCGUAUCGCCUAUGACAGGCCUCGGGGUCGUCCUGUGUCCAAAAAGAAGAAACCCAAGGACUUGGACUUCACCCAGCAAAAGCUGACCGACAAGAACCUGGGGUUCCAGAUGCUGCAGAAGAUGGGCUGGAAGGAAGGCCACGGCCUGGGCUCCUGUGGGAAGGGCAUCCGGGAGCCCGUUGGCAUGGGUACGGCCUCCGAAGGGGAGGGGUUGGGCGCCGAAGGGCAGGAGCACAAGGAAGACACGUUUGACGUCUUCCGUCAGAGGAUGAUGCAGAUAUACAGACACAAACGAGCCAACAAAUAG